CACACACACACACACACACACGCACACACCACUGAACACGAGACACACACGCGUGAGGAUGGUGAAGCCAGACGACGUCAAGACUUCCCUCGAUGAGGGGCGGAACACGGCUGCCCUGCAGCAGGCCACGCUGCUCUUGAAGAAGGACAAGACCAACCCAGAGGCCAAGGCCCUCAAGGGCUUGGCGUUGGUGCGCCUCAACCGCGAUGAUGAGGCCGAUGAAAUCGUGAAGGAGCUGCGUAGCAUGACCAUCGAAGAUGACGACUCCAUCCAGACGGUGAUGAUGUGCUAUCGUGAGCACGGCGCAUACCGUGACAUCCGAAACGUGUACGAGACCAGAUACAAAAAGAACCCGGACGACUUGGAGCUCGCUGCCCAGUACUUCAUGUCAAUGGUCCGUGUUGGGGAUUUGGAUGUGCUGCCGAAGGUUGCCAUGGACAUGCACCGCAAGAGCAAGUCCAACACGUACUACUUUUGGGCUGUCAUGAUCCAGUACAUCCAGGGCCGCACGAAGCGUGCUGCUGGGGACGCUGCUGGUGGCACCAUCCACCUGACAAUGGCGCUGCGACUGCUUGAACGGGCGGUUGAUGACGAGUCGUUUGAGAUGUCACGUGAAGGCCUGCGGCUCUACACGAUGGUGCUGCAGGAGAUGGACAAGUUUGAGGACAUCCUCGCCCUGCUUGACAAGGACGCAGGUGCCGGGUACGGCCCGAAGCGGCUGCUGCCUGAAGGGCGGGAGGUGACGCAGAUGAAGAUCAACUGCUACAAGCGGCUCAACCGCCACGCCGACAUCAUCGCCACCAGCACCCCGACCAUCCAAGACGGCUCCGACGAUUGGACGGCGUACACGAAUGUCAUGGAUGCAGCUGUUGCCCUCAACGAAGCGGGUGAUUCUUCGUUUACAUUCGCGCAAGUGGACGGGCUGCUCUCCGCCGCGUUUGGAAAGGCGACAACACAGGACAAGCCGCAGCGUGCCCCGCUGCUUGCAUGUCUCGAAUGGCACGCGCGCAUGCGUGCACGCGGUGACGCCGCCCACACACCGGCCGUCCCAGCGCCGUUGGAGGCGUUUGUUGCGCUGUUCAAGGCGACGGGUGCAAAGCGGUGUAUGUUCUUUGACACGAAACCGUACGUCUCGCUCAUGGACGACGCAACCCAACGCAAGUUCCUGGACGAGUGCAGCGCGUGGAUGGAGGCAGACGGCGCCGAAGAACCAGAGUCGAAGCGCGUGCUGCGUUCGUCGCUGCUUGCGCUGUACCGACGCUUCAUGGGCCGCCACCACGACGACGACGCAGAUACCGAUGCCCUCCACCGCGACCUCGUCGAAAAGUUCAACGCAGCAAAGCCCUGUGGAGCUGACCUGAAGCCGUCUGAACUUCAGUACUCGGACACAUAUGCGCUUCUUGCUGCCCACGUCGCUGUCGACGCGUUUGCCCGCACAGAUGACCGGGCGCACGUGGACCGGGCGAUCAAACUGCUUGAGGACGCGAUCACCGCCAGCAGCAGCAACCCACAGCUGCGCCUCCUCAUCGUCAAGCUCCUCUGCUUGCAAGGCCGGGUGUAUGAGGCCGUGCCGCACUGGGAAGCGCUGCAGGUCAAGCAGAUCCAAUAUGACUCGAUCGGGUACGUGUUCUUCGACCACGCUGCGCGUCUCGGCGCGUACGACACGGCGCUUUCUCUCCUCGAGGGCGCAGCCACCUUCACCCGAUCAUGCGAGGUUGACGUGCCAGAGUUUCUGUGCCGGUCGUUCCUGUACGGGUCGUUCCACAAGUACGAGGAGUUUGUGCGCUGCCAGGAGAAACUUCAUCGCAGUCUCCAGCUCGCGUCUGUCGUCUGUGAGCGCUUCCUCCUCAACUUUGUCAGGACGAAAUUUACGCGUGCGCGCGUGACGUCAUGGCUGCAGUUUAUCGUGUCGACGCUGCCGCCGCCGUCUGCGCUCGACGACGAGAAGACGUUUUCGGACAAUUCGCAGGCGGAGGUCAUGGACAGCAGCGACCCGCAGGCCAGAUCGCCCACGAGCGGCGAUUUCGAGCGGAUGAAGACGGCACGAUUCAACUACUUCCGCGUGCGGUAUCUGCUGGUGCAGACGGUGGCAUCGCUCGUCCUCUCCCGGCAGUCGCUCGCCGAACGUGCAGAAGCCCUUGUCGAUGCAAUCGCACGCGGUGCCGUGCUGACUGCUGCGGAGGAGGCGUGUGCAGCCGCCGUUGCAUCGCCAGACCAACCCGACCUCGAGACCAUCCACGCCGUGAUUGAGGUGCUGUCGCUUGUGUCGUUUACGGUGUCCAUCGUGCAGGAGUGGAUUUCUGGCGAUGCUGUGCUGAAGCAGCCGAACGGCGAGCCCGUGCGCGUGAACAAGACCGUUCGCCAAACGGUGCGUGCGCUUGCCGAAGCGUUCCACGCUGUUGUUGUGAACAAGGACCAGGCCAUGGCGCGGGUGCAGGGUGUGCUGAGCACGGCGGAGGAGGCAGCCAAGACGCCGUCGUACAAGUCGUCGCUCAAGGCAUUCCGCGCCGCCUUCAAGUCGUCAAACCACUAA